AUGGCUACUCAGGUCACUGCCUCUCCGCUCGCGCAACAAGUCCCCAACGUGGCCGCUCCUGCCUGUUCGAGCGUCACUUCAUCACUCAAGUCUGACGGCGCAGAUGACCUGGUCAACCACUGCUACGCCAUGGGCUACAGCAAGGCCAGCAACAAUGGCUCACAGAACGCGAGCACCCAUGCACAAACGGAGGACUCCAACACGCUGUCCGACUUGAGGAAGAUCUUGCAUCGUGUCCUCGGCGGCUUCGUCAUUUCUCCAUUCUCGUCGAUCAACAGUGUCGACCCUUCACCACUCUCGGUUGCGGCCGCUGGUCAGGCAACACUCGAGCGCACGCUGUGGCUUUCAGAGGGGUCUCCACUCUCCUCAGCGCCAUCCUGCGAGGCGCUCCGGCAAAUCUUCAGCAUCUGCGAUCAUGUCGUCAACCAGCAGAAGAUCGGCGAGCCUCUAGGUGUGGAAGUCACCAACGUCCUUCCGCUAGGCUAUCAAGCCGUCGAAACGCUCGGGCGACUCAGAGAGAUACAAAGUCCUCCUAUUCUUCACGAUACAAUCGAAGCUAUUGUGUUUGGCAGGAGCUUACCACUGUCCGCUUCGAGCUCAACCACGACGCAGUUGCAGGCGCUGCGAUUCCUGUGCGCUGCAAUUCUUGUUGCUGUCGAGCCUAUGCCAUUCGGACCUCCAGCGAACUCAGACGACCCAACGGGUGGCCUGACUGCUGAGGAACAUGGACUAAAUUACCAUUCAUUCAUUGCGCCAGGAUACAGGCCACGGACCCCUUCCAGCAUUCUUGGGUUGCGCAACAGCAUGUGA